AUGCCCCCUUGGGAAUACGAGGAAAUGGGCAGCGUACUAGGUUAUCUCACGGACAAAAUCACUGUUAUUUCUGAAGAGAUUGCGGAUGAUUUACGAAAGCUCUGUAAAGCUACACCAUGCAAGUACUUCAGCGAUGUCCUUCCUAAAGAACAAAGACCACCUGCACCUUGCGAAAUUGAAUCUGAACGUGACCUUAUUCACUUCGAUGACCAUUUCGAUGGAUUAGCGGGGCUGGGACCGGAGUUCUUAUAUCGCAUUCUACAUACAGAUCGGAUAUCACGACGUAACAUCAUUUGCCAAAAUACAAGGGCUUUCUGGGCCGGACCAUUCAUUGGACUCAGGAUCGAAUCUUUGUGGGAGGACCGUUUCCCGUUUAUUGAACCGGCGGACCUGCAUGAGACUACAUAUUUUGAACAGCUCUGGUCUACUUUGCCGCCUCUUGAAAAGCCUUCUGUAGGCUGGAUGAAGGCAUGGCUGGUAGGCUAUGGCCCCGGAAACUCUCUUGAAGAGUCUAUUGACUACGAUCGACAAGCUGAGACUGACUGGGAAUGGAGCUAUGCUAUUUGGGACGAAAGAAGAUUGGAAGGGUGGAAAGCACCAUUCCUAUCACAAGACAGUCAGGUUGAAGAACCCCCGAGUAGAGUUUUUUACACGACAGAAUACGGUGAGGCUGUUGAAGGAACCAGUGGAAGAAUUCUCCUUUGA